ACGGAAGAAAAAUCUGCCGCUAAUUCAACGAUAAAAGCCCACAAGGGCGACUCCAACCCCGCCGCCCCCUUCUGCUACGUCUCCUUCCUCUCCUCCGCCUCCGGCCGAAACCCUGCGUCGAUUGAUCGAUGGAUGCGGCGGCGAUGUCGCGGAUCGGGCUCGCCGGACUGGCGGUGAUGGGCCAAAACCUGGCCCUCAACAUCGCGGAGAAGGGCUUCCCGAUCUCCGUCUACAACCGCACCGCCUCCAAGGUCGAUGAAACCGUCGGCCGCGCGUCGGCGGAGGGCGGCCUCCCCCUCAUCGGCCACCACACACCCCGCGACUUCGUCCUCUCCAUCGCCCGCCCCCGGUCCAUCAUCAUCCUCGUGAAGGCCGGCGCCCCCGUCGACCAGACCAUCGCCGCCCUCUCCCAGUUCAUGGACCCCGGCGACGCCAUCAUCGACGGCGGCAACGAGUGGUACGAGAACACCGAACGCCGCCUUCGCGAGGCCGCCGCCCGCGGCCUCCUCUACCUCGGUAUGGGCGUCUCCGGCGGCGAGGACGGUGCCCGCCAUGGCCCAUCCCUCAUGCCCGGCGGCCACCUCCAGGCCUACCACAACGUCCAGGACGUCCUCGCACGCGUCGCCGCCCAGGUCGACGACGGCCCCUGCGUCACCUUCGUCGGCGAGGGUGGCGCCGGCAAUUUCGUUAAGAUGGUCCAUAACGGCAUCGAGUACGGCGACAUGCAGCUAAUCUCCGAGGCCUACGACGUCCUGCGCACCGUCGGGGGCCUCUCCAACAGCGAGCUCGCGGAGAUCUUCGCCGACUGGAACAGCGGGGAGCUCGAGAGCUUCCUCAUCGAGAUCACCGCCGAUAUCUUUAGGGUCCCGGACGAGCAUGGGGAUGGCGAGUUGGUGGACAAGAUCCUCGACAAGACCGGGAUGAAGGGGACAGGGAAGUGGACGGUCCAGCAGGCGGCGGAGCUCUCCGUCGCCGCCCCCACGAUCGCCGCCUCCCUCGACAGCCGCUACCUCAGCGGGCUCAAGGAGGAGAGGGAGGCCGCCGCGAGAGUUCUCGACCAGGCCGGGAUAGGCGGCGAGGUCUCUGGGGCGUCUCUGGGACGAUCGAUCGACAAGAAGCGUCUCAUUGACGAUGUCCGCCAGGCUCUGUACGCCUCCAAGAUCUGUAGCUAUGCCCAAGGGAUGAACUUGCUCCGGGCCAAGAGCGAGGAGAGGGGUUGGAACCUUAAUCUCGGGGAGCUGGCAAGGAUCUGGAAAGGGGGUUGCAUCAUUAGGGCGAGGUUUCUGGACAGGAUUAAGAAGGCAUACGAAAGGAACCGUGUGCUUGCAAACCUGAUAGUAGACCCGGAGUUUGCGAGGGAGAUGGUGCAGCGGCAGGGGGCAUGGAGGAGGGUAGUGGGGAUGGCAAUUGAGGCUGGAAUCAGCACUCCGGGGAUGUGCUCCAGUCUGGCAUACUUUGACACAUACCGCCGGGCUAGGCUGCCUGCAAACUUGGUGCAGGCGCAGAGAGAUUACUUUGGGGCGCACACCUAUGAGCGUGUCGACCGCCCUGGGUCGUUCCACACUGAGUGGUCCAAGAUUGCCAGGCAGAGCAAGGCUGGUGCAGGUGCCUUUAAUUGAGGUGUCUGAUGGUAAUUCAGUAAACUGGAAGCGGGGAAUCCAUCACCUCGGCAUGCGUUGGUUGCAGUUGGGACCAAAGCGGUUGAACGCAACGGUCACCUUCAUGUUCUUGUCCAAUGAGAAGCCAUCAUCAUGGCCUAGUAGCAUCACCUUGUCAUGGUCCCGGAACCAGUUGUUCGAGAUGGUGAUCGCCGUCGAACCCAGUGUCACGUCCAUGAGCCCAUCCUGGCACUCAUAGACUGAGUUGUGAUCGAUCCAGAUCUUCCUCGAGGCUGCGAUCCGAAUGGCGUCUCCAUCUGCUCCCAAGUUAACCAGACUACCUUCUGGAUCUCUUGUUAAGCAAGCUGGUUGUGGGUGUAUGUGGUGAAAUUGGAGCCCAUGAAUAAUCACAUUUUUCACCUGUGCACAAAUUAUCAGUGUUUGUUCUAGCUUGCAUGAAUUCAUUGCAUUGGAACCU